UGCAUAGAUAAUUUAAAGACAAUCAUAGUAAAAAAAAAGAAUUAGAAAAGAAAAUUAAAUACAAACAAUUAUAUAUUAAAAUACUUUGUUUAUAAGCAAUAAUGGAUAUUAUAUUUAAAGUUGAUUUAGAAGAUAAAUUUAGAACCGUUAUUGAAGACACAAUGGAACAUUUAUAUGUUAAGAAAAUUAACUCUACUAUAUUAAAUGAGCAAAUUAUUGCAACAGCUAAAAAAGAAAUUAAAGAAUUACUUAUUAAAAGCAAUUUCAACAACCAGAAGAUCCAAGAAUUAUUGUUAUCAAAAGGUUAUAAUGAAGAAAGAAUUCAUACUUUUUCUUCUUUAAUUCAAAACCGAAGAGAUGAAUUGCUUUAUUUAACAUUAGUUAAUCUCAAUAGUUCUUAUGGUGAAACAGUAGCAAAAUUUGAUUGGAUUUUGAAGUUGGUUUAUGGCACAAGUGAGCUCAAAAAUCUAAAAUAUCCAUUGCUCCAACUGGCACUGACAACGGUCAAUGAUGGAAAAUGUCAACAAAGAAACUAUGAUAUUAGUAAAGAUAUGUUAAUAAAAAUAAUUAAUGUCUUGGAAAAUAUUGAUUAAGAAGUAAUCAGAAUGUUAUAUAAUAUUUAAAAUGAAUUAACCAUUUUGUUUUUUAUUUGAAUUUUAAAAUAUUGAAGAUGUUGGUUCGGAUCUAUUUCAACAACCAUCAAGCUAUGUUAGAGCCGAGAUGGCUCAGUAGUUAGAACAUGUGCACCUUAACUGAUAAUUUCUGGUUCAAACCCAGGCAAGCAUCACAGAAUUUUCAUGUGCUUAAUUUGUGUUUAUAAUUUGAAUUCUGUGUAUUCCACCAACCCGCAUUGGAGCACCGUGGUGGAAUAUGCUCCAUACCAGCGGCGGCCUUACCCAUUGCGAGGCUCCGGGCGGUAGGUCUUUGCUAGGCCCCUUGUCCUCGGUGAAAUGUAUGUAUGUGAUUCGAAAAUAGGUCUGGUUGUUUGGUUAGGUGUUUGUUAUGUUUGACGAGUGAUGGUAAAGUAAUACAAAUAAAUAAAAUUUGUGUACUUUUAUAAUAUUUUAUA